AUGCUGAAGAACAACGGCAGCUACGAGAGAGAUGUUCAGCAAAGAUACGCUAAGGCCACUUCUGCAUUUAACUCCUUAACGAAAUGCCCGUGGUUGACCCCCAUCACCAACGAAGUCAAACUGCGAGUCUACCUAUCCACAAUUCGUCCAUUCAUGAUGUAUGGAUCGGAGACUUGGGCAGCACCAUCGACGGUUAUGGAGAGGCUUGACUGCACGGAACGAAAGCUGCUUAGACGGCUACUUGGCUACUUUUGGCCUAGGGUAUGCCACAAUGAAGAUCUUUACACAGAAAUUGAUGUGGUUUACCGGCAAAUGACACGUGGAAGAUAUCAACAUCUUGCACCGCCUUCGAAAGCGUCUAAAGUAAAAAGUCUUCGCUUCUUUGGCCAUAUAUUAAGGAGACCGGCAGAUCGCCUUGUCCAACGAGUUCUGAAGAGUUCGUCGGGUUCGAGCAGGAAGAAGCCACCUGGCCGAAAACGGAAGUUCUGGACUGAGGUGGUAAAAGAGGACCUGAGGACACUCGGCGUGGAUAGGCAGUUCAGGCGAGACGUAAGGUUUCGCAGAACAUGGAAUAGCGACGAAUGGAUUGAUUCUGUGCAAGCUCUCGCAGAAGAUCGAGAAGGUUGGGCAGAGCUGUGUUCAAGGACGGCACACCUCGGCGAAGAUGCGGGUAAUCGCGUCAGGCGAUGA